GACCGUCGUCUCCUCAUCUGACAGCCGGUUGAGACAGGAGCAGUGGCGGCCAGCGGAAAGGACUGUCGAUGAUCAAGUUUCCGCCGGGAGGAUAAUUACGCCGAAGCGGUUGAAGUGUUCCCGGGACCGAACCAGAAGUCACAACCGCCCCGAUUCGGCCCAUGGACGAGCAGGCGGGCCCCGGCGUCUUCUUCAACAACAACAACAACUCGGGCUUGUCCGGCGGAGGGAACAUUAAGGCUCCGCAGGCUGGCGACGUCGAGGGCGCAGAGGCGGCCAGGGCUCAGUACAACAUCCCGGGGAUUUUACACUUUCUCCAGCACGAGUGGGCCCGCUUCGAGGUGGACAAGGCGCACUGGGAGGUCGAGCGGGCCGAGCUGCAGGCUCAGAUCGCCUUCCUGCAGGGGGAGAGGAGAGGUCAGGAGAACCUGAAGAAAGACCUGGUGAGACGCAUCAAGAUGCUGGAGUACGUCCUCAAGCAGGAGCGGGCCAAAUACCACAAGACGAAAUAUGGGACCGAACUGAACCAGGGGGAGAUAAUUCCUCCGAGCUACGAUUCCGACGAGGGGGGGGACAGUGAGGCUCCCAGUCCCCCGAACAGCAGCCAUCAGCUCAGCUGGAAACAAGGACGCCAGCUGCUCAGACAGUACCUGCAGGAGGUGGGAUACACGGACACCAUCCUGGAUGUGAAGUCCCAGCGGGUGAGAGCGCUGCUCGGUCUGACCGGAGACUCGGGGGAGAAGCCGUCGGAGAGGAAGGCCGAGCCGAUGGUCAACGGCACCGAACCGUCCUCCCUGAAGGACAGCGGCGUGUUCAGUAAACCCGACAUGUCGGACUCGGCCACCGUGUUGGAGGCCUUCAAGUUCAUCGAGAGCGCGGCGGCCGAGUUCAGCGACGAGGACGAAGACGAGGACAGCGAAGGAAGGGACAAGACCAUCUUGGACGUGGCUACAAUGGUGAGGAAGAAAAAGUCAUCCACCCCUUCCUCCACGACCUCUGACCUCAGCGACGACCCCGACACGGAGGAGGCCCUGAAGGGCUUCGACUUCUUGGCGAGUCCGGACGAGCUGGACGGCUCGCCGGAGUCCAGGAGCGGGGAGGACAGCGGAGACUGGGAGAAGGACGAGUCGGCUCUGGGGGAAGUGGCCUGGGACGUGGACCAGGGACUCAUAGCCCAGCUCAAGGAGCGGUACAGGAAGGAACGCAAGGGCAAGAAGGGGGUGAAGAGACCGAACCGCUCUCGGCUCCAGGACAUGCUAGCUAACCUGCGGGAGGGGGAGGAGCCCCCCAUGCAGCCGCCGCCGGUAACGCCCCCGUCCCGCCCCAGUGUCCCCCGACUCAACGAGCAGGAGAUGGGGCGCCCCGAAGACGAGGCGAUGACAUUCCUGCCGUCCUCCGGGAAGUCCUUCAUAAUGGGACGAGUGGACGAGGCGGUGUCCAACGAGCUGGGACUGGGAGAACUGGCCGGACUGACGGUCGCCAACGAGGCCGAGAGCCUGGCGUACGACAUCACCAACAACACGGACGCUCUGAGGAAGACCUGGAACCCAAAGUUCACCCUGCGGAGCCACUUCGACUCGGUGCGGGGUCUGGCCUUCCACCCGGUGGAGCCCGUCCUGGUCACCGCCUCCGAGGACCACACCCUCAAGCUGUGGAACCUCCAGAAGACGGCGCCCGCCAAGAAGUGCACCGCCUUGGACGUGGAGCCCAUCUACACCUUCAGAGCUCACAGCGGCGCCGUGCUGUGCGUCACCAUGAGCUCCAGUGGCGAGCAGUGCUUCAGUGGGGGGGUGGACGGCACCGUCCAGAGCUGGAACACCCCCAGCCCCAACAUCGACCCCUACGACUCGUACGAGCCCUCCGUGCUGCGGGGGGCGCUGUGCGGCCACGCGGACUCGGUGUGGGGUCUGGUCUACAGCUCGGCCCACCAGCGCCUCCUCUCCUGCUCUGCCGACGGGACGGUCCGGCUGUGGAACGCCGCCGACACCUCGCCGGCCCUCGCCGUUUUCAACGAGAGAGGAGAGCUCGGGGUGCCGACCUCGGUGGACCUGGUGAGCAGCGACCCGGCGCACAUGGUGACGUCCUUCAGCACCGGCAGCAUCGGCCUCUUCAACAUGGAGACGCAGCAGCUCGUCCUGCAGCUGGAGUCUGCCGGACCGCCGGAAGCUCCAUGCAGGAUCAACAAGGUGCUGAGUCACCCAACGCUGCCAAUCACCAUCACGGCUCAGGAGGACCGGCACAUCCAGUUCUUCGAUAAUAACACAGGUAAAGCGAUCCACUCGAUGGUCGCUCACCUGGACGCGGUCACGUGCCUCGCCGUGGAUCCAAACGGACUUUACCUCAUGUCUGGAAGUCACGACUGCUCCAUCCGCCUGUGGAACAUGGAGAGCAAGACGUGCAUCCAGGAGUUCACCGCCCACCGCAAGAAGUCGGAGGAGUCGAUCCACGACGUGGCGUUCCACCCCACCAAGUGCUACAUCGGCAGCGCCGGGGCCGACGCGCUCGCCAAGGUCUUCGUAUGACCUGAAACGGGUGCAGCGGGGAGGAAAAAGGGAAGCGGGUGGGGGGGUGGAGUUGGCCUACACCUCAGAGUUUGGCGGAGGAAGCAGAAAACCUGAAGGUGAUUGUUUACGCGGACUGCUCCUUUUUAAGAUUUGUGAAAUAUUCCCCCCCCCUCCUUUUGGACUUAGGCUGGCCCGGGUCCCGAAAGCAAACAUGCAGACAGCGAAUGGAACAGGAAGUGGGAAAAAGAUACAUACGAAAAGGCAGGAACUCUCGGUACAUUUUAGUAAAGCUGGAAUUUAUUUUCUCCUUUUUGUUUACCAUAAAAACACAUUGUUCAUGAUUAAUGUGCCUUUAUUCUUCACUACAGGAAUUAUUUUAGGUGUUGAGGAAAAUGUAUUUCAUCCACGACAAAAAUUGACCUUUUUGUCACAAAAAAAUAAGAAACCUAACGAGUCCAAAUUCAAAGAAGAAAAAAAUACAGGUUUUAUUUUAUUUUAAACUUCCCAUUUAAGUUGUUGCCUUUAGCCCGGAGAAGACUUUUGUUCAGUCAGUUUCUGGAGACCCCGUAAAGGUCUGGAGGUCUGGUCACUGGUCUGGAAUCAGGACAGAUUCCAACACAAACAUCCGGAGAGUUUUACUUCAAAAUGAAAAAGAGAAGAAGCAUCACGGCGUUCACGUCACGGAGCAACAGACAAAUAACUGCUCAUUCGUUUCUAUUCCUUAUUUUUGCGCGGAAUGAAAGAGAAAAAUAAGCCGGUGUCGUACUUUAAAACGUAUGUUUUAAACAUCGUUGCUCGUGAGUUUAAAGGAGCAGCGUGUCGGGCAGAGAGGCCUCUAGUGGUCAGGUGGGGGAACUACAGGCGCUCGAUGUGAACCGUUACUUCCCAGCAGAUAAAGACACAAUAAUUCUCAGUUUUAGGUGUUUAUACAAUAAUACAAACAUAGUUAUUUAUAUUUUAUUCGAUUUCGGUCAAUGGGUCUUAUCAAACUUCCUUCUCACUGGCCCUUUAGGAGUCCAUCCUCCACGUUCCCACCUGAGCAGCACACCUGCACAGACCGACGACAAAGGGCUUUCUGGCCACUGUCAUGUUGAGAUUAAACUCUUUAGAGCUUUAAACACCUGCCCAGCUGUGCCAUGUUGUUGAUGAUAACUGUAAAAACACAUAAUGUGACACUUUUAGAUCAAAUCAAGAGCUUCUCUCCAAAGUGAAAACAACAAAUGAGUUCCUUUUUUUCUUUUUUUUAAAUUCUCAACCGGUGAGUUUUUUUGUGAGAUAUUUUGGGAUGAAUCUCUUCUGAUCGACGCCGUGGUCGCGAGGCUCCAUUUGAAAACCUGCUGCUUUUUUAUCGUGUUUAUUUAUAGCUGAAAAUUUCUGACAAACUGUUUUACUUUAGUCAUUUAAAAUAUUUAUUUAUCACUCAAAGACGCCAAAAGAUCAAACCGGGACAACGAGACGCUUCCCACCGGACGGCUGCUGCUGAUCUGUUGCGAAAUAACGGUAGUGCGACACUUUUAUUAACAGCUGUUUAGUUCCCAAAGUGCACGAAGCUCUUCCGCGCUUCACAUGCUGCCCGCCUGAGAAUAUUGUAUUUUGUGUAAUUAUUAUCCGUGUUAUUAUUACAUUAUUUUUGAACGACUCUUUGUUGUUCGGUGACGGACUUGUAAGAUACAAGUAGAUCUUUUUAAAGUUGUGUUCUCUGUUUUACUUGAAAAGUGAAGUGUAUUCCUUUUGGGGUUUCUGCUGGUGUUGUAAAGAAGUACAAAUACACAAAACGUCGCCUCUCAGCACUACGUAACACUUUUCUUUUUGCUUUGCACCAAAUUAUCAUCUCAGAAACGCAGCUGUGUUCGUGGGGAGGAACCUUUUGGGGAGUUUGUGUCCUUCGUUUUGACGUAAAUCGAUCCGGUGUAAAAAGGGUAAACGCAUACGUGUACAGUUUUUAAGUAUUAAAGCAGAUGUAUUUAUGUGGUGUAAUUUGAGGGGAAGUGCGAAGCGACGAGAGAUCAAAGAUGGAGUGUGGUUGCGUUGACGCUUGUUCCUUCAUCUCGUGACAACGUGACCAGAGAGUUUGUUGGUAUUCCAACUUUAAUUCGGGUGUUCAAGACAAAAAAACGGUUGAAUUCAGGUUUGUGUGAGAAAUCCAGUGGGGGAUUUUUGUUCACCGAUGGAAACAAAAUCAUCAGAUCCGCAGACGUUAAACAACAUUAAUUCAUGUCUCAAGAAUUCCAGAUGAAAAUCAUUACUUUAAAAGAAAAUGACUAAAAAUAACUUUUUCCCCACAAUGAAAUCCACCAGCGCGGAGUUCUUGUUCAUCCGAUUAACCAAGCGGAGCGCUCUGCUCUGCUUACAUUCACCUGAACAUCCAUGUGCACUUUUGCUAAGCAUUAUGUUUCUGAAGUAUGAACAUGUACAGAGGAACAAAACGGAGAGAAACGGAGCAGCUGGCUUCUUGUGGACAAACUAAGCGUAUCAACCAACAGAAAAGUUUCAGAGCAAUAGAAUCUGUGUGUUUCCAUUGAUUUAAUCUAAUUUACCUUUUGUUUAUUGAACCAUCGGAUCUGAUUUUGCGGCAUUCACACUACAUAAGCGGUGACACUAGCCAGUAGUGAUGUGAGGCAGCUGAACUCUUCAGAUUUAUCUUUUGUUUUUGUUUUUUUCAGUGGCCAAAAGUAGAGCUGAAUAAAACCUGUUCAGUCUGCCUGUAAAUGAUUGUUGUCCUUAAAUGUGUACAGUGAAACUGUUAGAGAGAGAUUAUAUAUGCUAAUCUGGCUGUACAUUAAGUAUAUACAGGUGUUGUCGUUUUUUUGUUAUUUACAAAAUGGGAUAGUGAUUUAUGAGCAACAAUAAAGAACUGAGUUGUACAUUGUUAA